AUGUUUCAAGACGGAGAUGUGAUCCUGACUGGUUUGUUUCCAGUUCAUUACAGAGUUAUUGAGCCAGACCUAUCCUUCAGCCUAAAGCCAGAAGCUCCUCACUGUGAAGGGUUUGAUUUCAGGGCAUUCCGUUGGCUGCAAACAAUGGUUUUUGCGAUCGAUGAAAUCAACAGAGAUGGAGAGCUUCUUCCUGGGGUGAAACUUGGCUCAAUCUUUGACACUUGUGGAACACACAGCCAGGCACUGAGAUCUGCCAUCACCUCAGCAAGUGGAGAGGAGGAAACAUUUGCCGGUGAGAGCUGUGCGGAAAACUCUUCUGUGCCUAUAAUUAUAGGAGACUCAGGAUCCACCCAGUCCAUGAUUAUACUCAGGACCCUUGCACCGUUCCAAAUUCCCAUGGUCAGUUACUUUGCAUCUUGUUCCUGUCUCAGUAACAGAGAAGAGUUCCCAGCCUUUUUUCGAACAAUACCAAGUGACACCUUUCAGGCCAGAGCAGUAGUGCGCCUGGUGCAGAGGUUUGGCUGGACCUGGGUUGGCUCAGUUGCAGGUGAUGAUGACUAUGGUCGGUACGGAACUCAAGCGUUCACUGAUGAAGUUAAAAAAUUGGGAGUGUGCAUUGCCUUCACUGAGCUCAUUCCGAAGGUAUAUUCCAGAGAAAGAAUCCUUCAAAUAACAGAGACAAUCAAAAGAUCUACGGCAAGAGUCAUUGUCAUGUUUGCCCUUGAGGGAGAUGCAUAUCCUCUGAUUAAAGAAGUUGUCCAGCAAAACAUCACUGGUGGGACAAUAGGGUUUGCCAUUCCCAGAGCAGAAAUUCCAGGGCUGAGAGACUUUCUGCUCCAAGUGGAUCCUUUUAAAUCUCCUGAGAAUGGACUGGUGAAAGAAUUGUGGGAAACAAUGUUCAAAUGUUGGCUGAGCAAGCAAGCUGGUAUUGAAAAGCACAAUGCAUCGGUACUUAGAUACCAGCCGUGCACAGGCUCCGAGGACCUCAGUAAGACUGACAGUAUCUAUUUGGACGUCUCUGAAUUGAGAGUUUCUUACAACGUUUACAAAGCAGUCUAUGCAAUUGCUCACUCGCUUCACAAUUUGAAAUCUUGUGUCAGUAGUGGUGAAAUAUUACCAGACAAUAGCUGUGCCAAGAUUUCUAACUUCAGUGCUUGGCAGCUUCUUCAUUACCUGCACAGGUUGAGAUACAACAGUACUUCGGCAGGAGACAUGACCUUCGACAGCAAUGGGAAUCCUGCUGCAUUGUAUGAUAUUAUUAAUUGGCAGAGACAAUCAGAUGGUUCCAUUCGAUAUGUCCAGGUUGGCAGGUUUGAUGCAGAUGGAGGAUUGGGGCAGGAUCUUCUGAUAAACCAGGAAGCUAUCAUUUGGCACAAUAAUCAAAAGCAGGUGCCACAGUCCGCAUGUACUGAGCCUUGCGCUCCCGGGAGUAGACAAGCAGCUCGAAAUGGGGAGCCAGUUUGCUGUUAUGAUUGUCUGCUCUGCCCAGAUGGUGAAAUUAGCAACAGGACAAAUUCGCUGAACUGUAUUCCGUGUCCCGAAGAUUCCUGGUCAAACCUACAGAGAAACAAAUGCAUCCCAAAGGAACUUGAGUUUCUGUCCUUUGCAGAGCCACUGGGCUUGAUGCUGACAACAGGCUCAGCUCUUGGGGCUCUCAGCACAAUCAUCGUUGCGGCAGUUUUAUUAUAUCACAGAGAUACUCCAAUUGUCCGAGCCAAUAACUCCAAGCUCAGCUUCCUGCUGCUCUUUUCUUUGACGUUCUGCUUCUUGUGUUCACUCACCUAUAUGGGCCAGCCCUCCACCUGGACUUGCAUGCUGCGUCACACACUGUUUGGGGUGAGCUUUGUUCUGUGUAUUUCUUGUGUUCUUGGAAAAACUCUGGUUGUGCUGAUUGCUUUCAAGGCAACUCUUCCCAAUAGUAAUGUGUGGAAAUGGUUGGGCACUCUGCAGCAGGUACUCAGUGUUUUCAGCUGUACACUUAUACAGGUCAUCAUCUGUGUUGUGUGGCUUCUUGUGUCACCACCCUCUGCAGCAAGGAACGUUGAGUAUUCCAGUGAAAAGAUUCUUUUGGAAUGUAAUCUGGGCUCAGUGUCAGCCUUUUGCUGUGUGUUAGGCUAUAUAGGUUUUUUAUCCUGUAUGAGUUUUGUGCUUGCAUUUCUCGCACGAAAGUUGCCAGAUCAGUUCAAUGAGGCUAAAUUGAUCACCUUCAGCAUGCUUGUUUUUGGUGCUGUUUGGUUGGCCUUCAUACCUGCGUACGUCAGUUCCCCUGGAAAGUAUACAGUCGCUGUGGAAAUCUUUGCUAUUUUGUCAUCAAGCUUUGCUGUGCUGAUCUGCAUAUUUGCUCCCAAAUGUUACGUUAUUUUGUUAAAACCCCAUAAAAAUACCAGAAAGCAUCUCAUGGAUAAAACAUGCCCCCAAAAAUCCUUUUGA